UGAGUUUGUUUUGGGUUCACUCCGUUCACCCCUUUAACACCAACCAACCCAACCCUCUCAGGGGCUACUCUCCAUGCUUGAGAUUGUUUUUUGGCCCACCCAACGACCGCUCCCCGUUCCCAAGGCUCCAAAUUGGCAGUUUUUUGACACUGCCCGUUUCCUCCUCGUCAAGCCACCUGGCCAAACGAGAGCGUGACUGCUCUUGACUUGAUAUCCACUCUCUCCAUACUCGCUCUCUCGCUCUCGCUCUUAUGGCCCAUCACGACAAUGGGACGGCGGGUUCGGGGGCCGCCGCCACCGCCGCUUCUUUCACCCGAAACCCCUUGGUCUCCGGUUCCACUAGCGCCACGCCCGCCGGCGCUCCCGUGGUGUCCACCUCCUCGAGUGCCUCGGCCCCUACGCUCGCCACGGCCGUCCCCGCUGUCCCCGCUCCCGCCCCACUCUCCGCGCCCCUAGCCAGCAGCACUUUGGUGGGCCAAUUCGAGAGCGGCUUCGCCUCCAUUCUAAGCGCCCUUACCCAAGAGGAAGACUCGGCCAAGACGGAUCAGGACACGCCUCGCGCCUCGGGUGACGCCCUCAAGGCCGAUCAAGAGGAGAAGAUGUCGCAUUUCAUGGAGCUGGCGCGGAGCUUGGAGAGCUUCUUCCUGCAAAAGCGGAUGCUCAUUCACAGCCACAAACCGGAAUUGAUCUUGAAGGAGGAAUCCGCUGACAUGAAGCAAGAAAUGGCCAAGAAGGACGAGCUCAUCCGACGACACUACGACAAGUUGACCCAAUGGCAAGCUUUACUCCAAGAUAUGCAGGGCAACAACACGGGUUCGACGGCUAAUCCCACCGGAUCCAAUGCCCUGGGACCCAACGGACCCGCCGGAGCGGCGGCCACAGGUGCCCCCAGUUUACCGGGGGGUCCCCGCGGACCGAGUUCCCUUCUCCCGCCUACGGGACCGGGUGCGCCCAUUCAACCGGGUGUGGGCGCGCCUCAAGGGGGCUUUGUGCCUGGCAACAACUACCGGAUGCAAGCCGUGCCCAUGGGUGCCCAUGGCGAUCAUUUAUCCUAUCUGGAAAAGACCACCACCAAUGUGGGUGCUCCAAGCAUGUCCCGAUGACUUUAGCCAACUCCUUGAGACCCUUGUGCCGUGGUCCAUUCAUCGGUUCUCAGUAUUACUCACUCGCCUCCAUUUGGGCUCAGACUUUUUCCAGCCAAAGACAGCCUCAUGAGUUGUGAGCGCCUUCUUACCUUGGGUGUCUUUGAUUCUGCCGACGAUUUUUUGAGAACCCACGUCAAUCCAAUCCAAUCAGCGGUAAUUUAGCUUAACCGAGAUCAAUAAAAUGUAUCCGGAUUGGCGCCCAGA